UUUUGAAGAUUCACUCUAAUUCUGCUGAUUCAGCUUUUCCAUCCUUGAUUCAAUUUUAUCGAGCUCCGAAAAUUUAGCCCCGCGUCAUGGUGAAGGUACGGAUGAACACCGCCGACGUGGCGGCGGAGGUCAAGUGUCUCCGCCACUUAAUUGGUAUGCGUUGCUCCAACGUAUACGAUCUUUCUCCCAAGACGUAUGUGUUUAAGCUGAUGAGUAGCAGUGGAGUCACGGCGUCCGGGGAGAGUGAGAAGGUUUUGCUGUUGAUGGAGAGUGGCGUAAGAUUGCAUACAACAGUUUAUAUGCGGGACAAGAGUAGUACUCCAUCAGGAUUUACACUGAAACUAAGGAAACACAUAAGAACAAGAAGGCUCGAGGAUGUGCGCCAACUGGGAUAUGAUAGGAUAAUACUCUUUCAAUUUGGACUAGGUGCUAAUGCACACUAUGUUAUAUUGGAGCUGUAUGCUCAAGGGAAUAUUCUUCUUACAGAUCCUGACUUCACUGUCCUAACUCUCCUGCGGUCACACAGGGAUGAUAAUAAAGGGCUUGCAAUCAUGUCACGCCAUCAAUAUCCAGUUGAACAAUCUCGAGCUUUCGAGCGUACAACUAAAGAAAAGAUGUGUGCAGCCUUUGAAUCUUUUGUGGAGGGCAAAAAAGAUCAGCAACUUGAUAAUUGUGAAACUGCAAAUGAUAGCUCUAAUGUCCCCAUGGGAAAGCAUGGAAGUGAAAAGAACACAAAGGCGAAUGAGUCAAAGAAAACUGAUAAUAUUCGUGCGAACCAGGCAACUCUGAAGGUUGUUCUUGGGGAAAUUUUAGGUUACGGUCCAGCUUUGUCUGAACAUAUAAUAUUGGAUGCUGGUCUGAUGCCGAGUAUGAAAGUUAGUAAGGACUUCAAAUUAGAUACUAAUAUUGCUGAGGCAUUAGCUGAAGCUGUAAUGAAGUUUGAGGACUGGCUAGCAGAUGUCAUAUAUGGUGAGAAAGUUCCAGAAGGUUAUAUCGUGAUGCAACAAAAGAAUUCAGGAAAAAAAAGUGAUGAUGUAUCUGAUAAAGGGAGUCCGGAACAGAUGUAUGAUGAAUUCUGCCCUCUGUUGCUGAACCAGUUCAAAUCAAGAGACUCUACACAGUUUGAGACGUUUGAUGCAGCCCUGGAUGAAUUCUAUAGUAAAAUUGAAAGCCAACGUGCUGAACAACAGCACAAGACUAAAGAAAAUUCUGCCAUGCAGAAACUUGAAAAAAUCAAAGUUGAUCAGGAAAGCCGUGUGCAUGCACUUAAGAGAGAAGUUGAGCAAUGUAUGAAAUUGGCGGCACUGAUAGAAUACAACUUAGAGGAUGUGGAUGCCGCCAUCCUAGCAGUCCGUGUAGCUCUCGCCAAUGGUAUGAGCUGGGUUGAUCUGGCUCGUAUGGUGAAAGAGGAGAAGAAAUCUGGAAACCCUGUGGCUAGUCUCAUCGACAAGCUUCAUCUUGAAAGAAAUUGCUUUACGCUGCUUCUAAGUAACAAUCUUGAUGAGAUGGAUGAUGAUGAGAAAACACAACCUGUGGACAAGGUUGAAGUUGAUAUUGCACUUUCAGCUCAUGCGAAUGCUCGUCGGUAUUAUGAAAUGAAGAAGAAGCAAGAGAGCAAGCAGGAGAAAACCAUCACAGCACAUGAAAAGGCAUUCAAAGCUGCUGAGAGAAAAACCCGCCAACAACUUUCACAGGAAAAAACAGUUGCCACAAUUUCACAUAUGCGCAAGGUUCACUGGUUUGAAAAAUUCAAUUGGUUCAUCAGCAGCGAGAAUUAUCUGGUUAUCAGUGGACGAGAUGCUCAACAAAAUGAGAUGAUAGUAAAACGCUAUAUGUCCAAAGGAGACCUGUAUGUCCAUGCUGAUCUCCACGGCGCAUCUAGUACAGUAAUCAAGAAUCACAAGCCUGAAAACCCUGUACCCCAUCUGACUUUGAAUCAAACUGGAUGUUAUACAGUGUGCCACAGCCAGGCUUGGGACUCAAAGAUUGUUACUAGUGCUUGGUGGGUGUAUCCUCACCAGGUUAGUAAAACAGCUCCUACAGGAGAGUAUCUUACUGUUGGAAGCUUCAUGAUUCGCGGAAAAAAGAAUUUUCUCCCUCCCCAACCUCUUAUUAUGGGUUUCGGAAUAUUAUUUCGCUUAGAUGAAAGUUCUUUGGGAUCUCAUCUGAAUGAAAGAAGAGUAAGAGGAGAAGAGGAAGGAAUUGAUGACACUGAACAGAAUGAACCUUUCAAAGAGAUAUCAGACUCUGGUUCUGAUUCUGAGAAGGAAGUAUCAGGUGAAAAGGAAUCAGACCCAUCAAGCCUCAUUUCUCUGUCAUCAGAAAGACCACUAGGGGAGGGCUUAUCCUCACAAGCCUCAUCCGGAGGCUUGGAAGUUUCUGAAGUAGCUGUCAAUCAGGAUUUUUCUAAUGAAACUACUACUUUGGGAAAUUCCAUUGGUAAUGAUAAAGAACGUGACUCUUCCAGUAAAACUGCUGCUGCUACGCCAGAUUUUCAGGAUCUUAUGGAUAGAGCCCUUGAGCUUGGAUCUGGUACCACAUCUACUAAGAAUUAUGGGCUCCAACCCUCGGGAGAAGAUGUUGUGGAGGAACAUGACCAUGAAAUGACAAAAGCAGCACCGAGAGAUAAACCUUAUAUUACAAAAGCUGAAAGGAGAAAGCUCAAGAAAGGUGAGAAAGAGGGUGCUGUUGCGCCUGCUGAACAUGAAAAGGGAGCAGAAAGAAAUCAUCACCCUGUAAGCCAGCCAGACAAUGAUGUUAAAACUUCAAAGGCAGGUACUGGAAAAACUAGCCGUGGGCAGAGAGGAAAACUGAAGAAGAUAAAGGAAAAGUAUGCUGAUCAAGAUGAGGACGAGAGGAACCUUAGGAUGGCUUUGUUGGGUGCUGCUGGGAAAUCAAAAAAGAACAUCGAGAAUACUGAGAAUGAAAAGGCCGCUGCAGAAAAAGUGGUCAAGCCCACUACUGGAGCUGCAGAUGCGGUAAAGAUAUGUUACAAUUGUAAAAAAGUGGGUCAUACAUCGCGAGAAUGUCCGGAACAUCCAGAUGAUACUAAAAAGAGCAAGACAGGUGGCAAGAUUGAGAGUGCUGAAAAUGAGAUGGAUAAGGUGAUGAUGGAGGAAGAUGAUAUCAAUGAGAUUGGUGAAGAAGAGAAAGAGAAACUAAAUGACGUGGACUAUCUAACUGGAAACCCAAUCCCCAGCGACGUCUUACUCUAUGCAGUACCUGUCUGCGCCCCGUAUAAUGCUCUACAAACAUAUAAAUACCGUGUCAAGUUAAUUCCCGGCUCAUUGAAAAAAGGGAAAGCUGCCAAAACGGCGAUGAACCUGUUCGGUCACAUGCCUGAGACAUCAAGCAGGGAGAAGGAACUAAUGAAGGCUUGCACAGAUCCUGAGCUUGUUGCUGCCAUAGUUGGUAAUGUAAAGGUUUCAGCGGCAGGCCUCACACAGCUGAAGCAAAAGCAGAAGAAAAACAAGAAAGCAGCAAACAAGGGAGCAAAGAGUUAAAUAUGGAUGAUGAGAGAGAAAAGUUGCAAGUUUUGUAUUUUUAGUAUGUACUAUACAGUAUACACCAAUACACCAUGUCUUGAGUUUCUUGAUAGGUUUGGCCGCGUAACUAAUGGAAAUUCAAAGGGUCUUGCUACU